UUAACCCGUCUGCCCAAAAUAGAUCUUCACAAUCACACUGUACAAAUUACUAUACAUAUAUAUACAUGUACAUAUCAACAUUUGCGCUCACAACCACACACUCCAUAUAACGAUUUCUGUCAACAUCGCGUAGCUACAUAGAGCCAAAUACAAACAAAUUCUAUAAUAUUUUCAUUCGGAUAAAAUUAAACAAAAUUUUGCUUACGCGCUCUUGAACCGUCUGAUCUGUGGAACUCGGCCCAUUUCUUGCGCCCGUCAUUAUUGGGAGCUACAUCAGUUCGCUUUGUACGCUUCAUCGUGGCGCUGCUCGGGAAGAAAGGCAACGGCAACAGCAAAGAGCGCAAGCAAUGAUUUUUCGAUACUUUUGCACUUUAGGCUGGCACAUCAACAUUAGGCCUCGCCUAACCAGGUCUCAGUUUCCGCGAUAUGCGCUAUAUAAAACCGGAGCCAUAUUAUGAGGGCCUUCCACCGUUUAAUGUCACAGGCAGCCCCUUCAAUGUGGUACCGAUACACAAUUACCCGGAGCUAAUGAAAGAUACCUGUGCGUUGAUCAACUCCGAGUGGCCUCGCAGUGAGACAGCGCGCAUGCGUUCUUUGGAAGCUUCAUGUGAUACACUGCCAUGCAGCCUUGUCCUUACGACAGAGGGCAUGGGUCGGGUGAUUGCACACCUUAAGCUAAGCCCAAUAACGUCCAAGAAAAAGGCAUGCUUCGUGGAGUCUGUGGUUGUGGAUAAAAAAUAUCGUGGACAGGGUUUUGGGAAGCUGAUAAUGAAAUUCGCCGAGGACUAUUGUCGUGUGGUGCUCGAUUUGAAGACGAUUUACUUGUCAACAAUAGAUCAAGACGGUUUCUACGAGCGGAUAGGUUACGAGUAUUGCGAGCGCAUAUCCAUGUACGGACCGCGCCACUGUGAGCUUCCAAGCUUGCAAAAUGCCAAAAAGAAAUACAUGAAGAAAGUCCUAUAGACAUCAACGCCAGUAGUAGUAGUGUUAGCCAAUUUGAAUUGCGCCCAACAGGGGCAGCGCGUCAACUAGUUGAAUUAGCAAACGCCUGCCAGCGGCUGUGCCGCAUUGCAUUUCGCUAGUGAGAUUCAACGCGCUUCGUGCCACCAUCUGCCAACUGUAGAGACAGACAUUAAGCAAUUUUUUGAUUCCAUUUCACUGACAAACAAACAAACAAACAUUCAUACAUAUUACUCUCGUUGAUUUUUAAAUAUUACUUUCCGCUUGUAUUUUUUAAUCUUUUUGGUUGCCCAUUUGUAUGACAAAUGUGGAGCUACUAUCCACAUAAAUUCUUAAAUUGCUGUAUGUUUUUUUCAUACGAAUGUAUUUCCUUGAAUCAUAAUUAAAUUAUGAUAAUUUAUUUUUA